AUGGAUUUCUGCAAUCGCAUAUACUCGGACGUGAUGUGUGCCUUUUUAAUAACGCUGGUACUGAUCCGCAUGGCUGGCAGUGACCCGGAAUCCAUCAACUGUCCCUCGUCGGAACGGAUCGAUCUGACGGAAGGGGUGUCGGAUGCGCAGGGCUUAGUUCGGUUUGCGGGAGGUAUUUAUCCGCCCGAAAAUUACACAACCACCGCAGAAAAUCGACGCUAUAGCUGUGUGUGUUCGCAGCGCAAGUGUGUGUACGUGUGUUGCUUCUACAUUGAUCAGUCGAAGUGUGAGGAGUCAUCACUGCCACUAAAUCGAACCUCUUCAAAUCGGAUCAGCUGGGAGGACAGUAUGGUUGAGGAGGUCGAUCUGCGGGAGAGUAGUGAGUUUUGGCUGAUCUAUGCGACGCCACCCGCCUGGAGCUAUAUGCCCGGAUACGCGUUGCAGAUCUCUGGCCAUGAAGGUGAACUGAUGAACGAUGGUAGCUUUGCGUACGGAACGAAGGUGUAUACGAUCGGGACGUAUUGUAUCAAUCCUGCCGACGAUUCAAUGCCGCAUGUGUGGAUAAAGGAAACGGACGAUCAUUUAGAGGUACACCGUUGGCAUUCGCUGGGUAUGAUCACUUCCAUACCAUUCCUUUUUGCAACAUUGAUUGUGUACGCACUCAUACCGGACCUACGGAACAUCCCCGGGAAAUCGUUGAUGUGUUACGUGUUCGCUCUGAUGGUCAGCUAUUUAGUGUUAAUACUGAUUAAGCGCAGCGUAUUCGAUAACUCACCGGAAUGGUGUACAGCAAUCGGAUAUGCGUACUACUUCUCGGUAAUGUCGAGCUUCUUCUGGCUGAAUGUGAUGGCGUUCGACAUCUUCUGGACGUUUGGAGGACGCCGCAGGAGAACAACCGAUCAGGGCAAAUUUUUGCUGUACUGUUGCUACGGCUUUGGAUGUCCGCUCGUCUUCCUGGCGCUCGCAUUAGUGGCCGAUCACACGGAGCUGAUGUAUACGAGUCUUCGGCCUGGAUUUGGCGACGGACAGUGUUUGUUUAAGGGCGAGUGGGUGGUUCAUUUACAAGCAAACAACCAUUCUUGAACAAAUAUUUUCAUAUUUUUAGGAGAACAAUUUGUGUCCUUUCUUUAUCUUUACCUUCCGUUGGUACUGUUGGUGAGUGCGAACCUGUUCUUCUUCAUCAGUACUGCUGUUAAGAUUAAUAGCAUCGAACGCACCACGGCAGCUGCACUUCGAGGCGAUUCGGGACGACACAGCAAGUAUACGAACGAACGAAACAGAUACGGCCUAUACGUUCGAUUGUUUGUAGUAAUGGGUGUGACCUGGACGUUUGAGUUCAUAACCUGGAUUGUGGACUCCCAAAACUGGUUGGCAUACGUGACGGACGUUUGUAACUGCAUCAGUGGUGUGUUUAUAUUCUUCCUGUUUGUAUGGAAGCGCAAAGUGUGGAAGCUGCUGCAACAGAGGUUAAGUAGCGCGAGGUUUGCACGGAAAGUUAAUCGUAAGUUUAAUGAGUGUUGUUUUCCCCUUUCUUACAGGCUUAACAGUAAACAAGUGCAACAAAACAAUCAACCAUUGUUCUCUGUGAGUGGAACCAGAACGACUAGCUUGGCAUCGGCUCGCAAGCUAUCCACGGUAAAGUUGGACACGUCAAGUUUUUGA